AUGAGAGGAAUUUCAUUAGAACAAGAUUUAAGAUUAUUAAUAAAUAAUCCAAAGUAUAGUGAUAUAGAAAUUUUAUGUAAGGAUGAAAAGAAGUUAUAUGGUUGCAGAGCAAUUUUAGCAGCAAGAUCUGAAGUAUUUGAUAAAUUAAUUUAUAAUGGGAUGAAGGAAAGUUGUGAAAAACAAAUUUCUUUACAAGAGAUUAAUAAUAAUAUUUCUUUACCAGAGAUUAAUUCCAUUGGAAUGGAGAUCGUAUUAGAAUAUAUUUAUACAGGAUCAAUUAAAGAAGAAUUUUUAACAAAAGAUAAUAUAAUUGAAGCUUUUUAUGCUGCAAAUUAUUUUCAAUUAACGGAACUUCAAGAUUUUAUUACGAAAACUUCUAAAAAUGCAAUAGAAAAAAAUUUCAAAGAUAAUGAUUCACCGGAAUUAUUAUCUAAAUUUGUGGAAAAAAAUAUUCUAACAGAAAAUAGUAAUCUUCAAAAUUUAUUGGUUGAAGCAGUAGCAACUAUUCCACUAAAUAUCAUUGAAUUUGGUCGUUUAUCUAUUACAGGUCUUCAAUAUCUUUUAUCCUGUACUAGUAAAGAAAGAAUGCCUUUUGCAACACCAGAAUAUGAAGUUCUUCGAUAUAGUGUUAUCCUCGUAGCAAAACAAGUUUCUAAUGAUGCAUAUAAAACUUUUAUGGAACGGUUACCAACUUUAGAAAAGUUAGAACAGAUAAAAAAUCCUCGAAUAGAAAAUAAAUUUAUGACCCAAAAAGUCGCUAAAGAAUUGGAGCCUUUAGUUAAAUUUAUUGAUUUCAUGCGAAUUGAAGGGCAAAUUUUGGUCGAUAUCAUUGAACCAUUAGAAAUUAUCUCUCCAGAAAUAAUUUUUGAUGUUUAUCGACAAAAGACUAGAUUAAGCAAAUCCGAUUUAAAUAAUAUACGUGGAAUACCAAUACCAACUUGUGUUUGGGAUGAGUCAGAAUGUGGAGCAAGUAUUCUUAUUGAGGAGAAUGGAAAAAUUGCAUGUUUACAAGAGAAAACUGAUUCAUGGAGAAAUGUUAGAGCUAAAAUGAUACUAGAAGAUAAUGGCAUUUUUGAAUGGGAUGUCAUUGUGGAGAAAGCUGGUUCGGAUGCUUGGGUUGGAGUAUGUGCAUCAGAAAAUUUAAAUUAUGGAUUUUGGGCAGGAAGGCAACCAACUGGAUGGGUAUUAGGUAUCAAGGGUAUUUAUAGAACUUCUGAUAAAGGAUCAAGUUAUUGUCCACCAUUCGGAGAUGGCGCAAUAAUUACUGUUCAUAUGGAUAUGAAUAAAAGAACUUGUGCCUUUACAGUUAAUGGUACUAGGUAUCAGGAAGUAUCAGAAUGGAAUAAUUUACCAUCUAAGCUUUAUCCAGUAGUAUCACUUGGUCAUUUUGCUAAACUUCGAAUUCAGCCUCACCGAAAAAAUGGUUAAUUUACGUCGUCAUUUUAUAUAUACUUUUUGAUUAUUAUUUGUUUUGUAUUAAAAUUAGCAAAGUAGUAAUAAAUUUUCUAAAAUUUUAUUUAUUAUGAAUUUUAGAGCUUACUUACAAUGUUUUGAAAUGCGAAUAUUA